AUGGAGAAGGUCAAAUCAAACAGCGGGGAGCAUGUUAACCUCGCUUACGAUUCCACUCUGGAUGGACCGCCGGUCUGUGACAAGGACGAUGGUUUCCGGGCGGUCCGGCCCUCGGUCGUCAGCGCCUUCGGUCACGACACUUUAGACCGGGUGCCCAAUAUUGACUUCUAUCGUAAUGCGGGCAGCGUGAGUGGUCACCGGGCCGUGCGGCCAUCGCUGCAGGAGCUGCACGAUGUCUUUCAAAAGCAGAAUGGAGCCAUCUCUGUCCCAGACACCGUGGAGGAUGAUUAUGAGGGGAGCAACGGCACCCCCUCGGACGACGUGGAGUCCGUUGUUCCCCUUGACAGUGGCAAAGGAGCUGUAAAGUUCGGCUGGAUAAGGGGGGUCCUGGUGAGAUGCAUGCUGAACAUUUGGGGCGUCAUGUUGUUCAUCCGCCUGUCCUGGGUGUUUGGCCAAGCUGGCUGGGGUUUGGGAAUAGUGGUUAUUGCUCUCAGUUGUGUGGUGACAACAAUCACUGGCCUUUCCAUGUCAGCCAUUUGCACUAAUGGUGUGGUCAGGGGAGGCGGGGCCUACUACCUGAUAUCACGCAGCCUGGGACCAGAGUUUGGUGGUUCCAUCGGCCUGAUAUUUGCCUUUGCCAAUGCAGUGGCUGUAGCCAUGUAUGUCGUCGGAUUUGCAGAGACCGUCGUGGAAUUACUCGUGGAGCAUGAUGUAAUCAUGGUGGAUCCAUUAAAUGACAUUAGAAUCAUUGGAGUCAUCACAGUGGUGCUGCUGUUGGGCAUAUCUGUAGCUGGAAUGGAAUGGGAGGCCAAGGCCCAGAUAGUUCUACUCUUCAUCCUACUGGCGGCUAUUGUGAAUGUAUUUGCGGGCACCUUCAUUCCUCCCUCCGCUGAGAAGAAAUCCAAGGGGGUAUUUAAUUAUGAUGUGAAUAUCUUCUUAGAAAACCUUCCACCGGCUUUCAGGAAUCAAGAGUCGUUCUUUUCAGUGUUUUCCAUAUUUUUCCCUGCUGCGACCGGGAUCUUGGCAGGAGCCAACAUUUCCGGUGACUUACGGGAUGCUCAGGCCGCCAUUCCGAAAGGCACCUUAUUGGCUAUUCUGAUCACGGGUAUCACCUAUUUGGGUGUGGGUCUUUGUGUCUCUGCCAGCGUCGUGCGUGAUGCGACAGGAAACAUAACUGAUCUCAUCACUCCUGGCGUAUCAUGUGGAGAUUCAGCCGUUGCUGCCUGUGAACUUGGCUACAAUUUUUCUUCCUGCGCAGUUGAAAGCUGCAAGUUUGGCGCAAUGAACAACUUCCAGGUGAUGACUUUGGUGUCAGGCUUUGGUCCUCUCAUCAUAGCUGGAACUUUUUCAGCUACACUCUCAUCCGCACUGGCUUCGCUUGUUAGUGCUCCCAAGGUUUUCCAGGCGCUGUGCAAAGACAACAUCUAUAAAGCUCUGCACAUCUUUGCCAAAGGGCAUGGCAAGAACGACGAGCCCCUCCGUGGUUACAUCCUCACAUUUUUCAUUUCUGUGGCCUUCAUUCUCAUCGGGAAUCUCAAUACUAUUGCGCCCAUCAUUUCAAACUUCUUCUUGGCAUCUUACGCACUUAUCAAUUUCUCCUGCUUCCAUGCUUCCUACGCAAAGUCUCCAGGUUGGCGACCAGCAUACAAAUUUUACAACAUGUGGUUGUCCUUGCUGGGUGCUGUUCUGUGCUGUGGUGUCAUGUUUGUCAUUAACUGGUGGGCUGCGCUGCUCACUUACGCCAUUGAGAUCCUUCUCUACGUAUAUGUCAAGGUCAAGAAGCCAGACGUGAACUGGGGCUCAUCUACUCAAGCGGUGACGUUCGUCAGUGCGGUCAGCAAUGCUCUGUCUCUAGCUGGAGUAGAAGAUCACGUCAAGAACUUCAGACCUCAGAUCUUGGCAUUGACAGGGGCCACUCGGACCAGGCCAGCUCUGCUAGACCUGGCUCACUCUUUUUCCAAGAACUAUGGACUCUGCCUCACCUGUGAAGUGUUUGUGGGUCCAAGAGUAGAGGCCUUGCCUGAAAUGAACACUGGCAUGGAGAAGAAUCAGCAAUGGCUGAAGAAGACCAAACGUAAAGCAUUUUACGCCGCCGUAAAUUGUGACAAAUUCCGGGACGGAGUGGAGACCCUGCUGCAGGCCUCAGGUCUUGGCCGCAUGAAGCCCAACAUACUGAUGAUGGGCUUCAAAAGAAACUGGCAGACUUCAGGUUCAGAAGCAGUCCAGAGUUAUGUGGGAGUGCUGCAUGAUGCCUUUGACUUUGAAUAUGGAACAGCAAUUUUAAGGAUAAACCAGGGACUUGAUGUUUCUCAUAUUAUUGAGGCAGAAGAUGAAAUGAUAAAAUCAGCAAAGGAACAACAGGAGCUGGACAGUGAUUUCAUGUCAAAUGGAGGGAAAGGGAAAGGAUUGUUCAGGAAGUCCAGACAAUCCUCUCAGCAAGUGCUCACCACCCGAGUGUCAGUGUGCGGCCCCCCACCACCACAGGUUGCCAAGAUGAAUGAGAAGCUAGUGCAGGCCAGUACUCAGUUUAAGACCAAACAGCCCAAAGGAACACUUGACGUGUGGUGGCUCUUUGACGAUGGAGGUCUCACUCUGCUGCUCCCCUACAUCCUCACCACCAGGAAGAAGUGGAACAACUGCAAAAUGAGAAUUUUCGUUGCAGGGCAGCCCGGACGCAGCGAGAUGGAUAAACAGGAGAUGAAGUUGCUGCUACAUAAGUUCCGAAUUCAAUGCACUGACAUCAUAGUCAUCGAUGACAUCCAUAUCAAGCCUCGUAACGAAAGCUUGAAGAAGUUGGAGGACAUGAUUGAACCUUUCCGUCUUCACGAGAGGACCAGAGACAGUACUCAGGUUGAGGCUAUGCGGAAAAAUCAGCCUUGGAAGAUUACUGAUGAUGAGUUGGAUGAAUUUGAGGAGAAGACCAACCUGCAGGUUCGACUGAAUGAGUUGCUUCAGGAGAACUCCAAAUCCGCUAACCUGAUUGUGGUAAGCAUGCCUAUCGCACGAAAGGAAAGCAUCUCUGACUUCCUCUACAUGGCCUGGUUGGACAUUCUGACCAAGGACCUCCCACCCACCAUCCUCAUAAGAGGCAACCACAAGAGUGUGCUCACCUUCUACUCAUGAGAGUCUUGCACAGGAAUGUGUUUGCUUGAAGUGAAUGCUAGUGCUGUGAUGAUAAGCCAUGUUCAAGGACCGUUCCAGAACCUUUAGAUGUGAAACAAAAGUGAGGUUACUAAUCAGCAACACUUAUCUUACUACAGGGUGCCAUCACGAUAUCAAUAACGGACACUUAUGGAUUGUUUUAAAUGCAUAAGAUGCACACAUCAAACAUUCUGCAUCCACAGUCUCAGAUCCCUUUGAAUGAACACCUGGGACCUGUUACUGCAAAAUAAAUGUAAAUAGUAGGAGUCUCACCGUAUUAAUCUGUAUUUUUGGGAAUAAACUACUUUGUAUCAAUGAUUUAAGACCAUGGACUGCAAUAACACAUAACCUUAUCUUUUUUUGUCUUAAGUUGAAAAAAAUGUAAAAUACUUUCGUAAAUUUACCCAUGGCAUGUUGUUUUUAAUUUUCGAUAUA